GCGGAGACCAAGAUCAUCUAUCACAUGGACGAGGAGGAGACGCCGUACCUGGUCAAGCUGCCCGUGGCGCCCGAGCGCGUCACGCUGGCCGACUUCAAGAACGUGCUCAGCAACCGGCCCGUGCACGCCUACAAAUUCUUCUUCAAGUCCAUGGACCAGGACUUCGGGGUGGUGAAGGAGGAGAUCUCCGAUGAUAAUGCCAAGCUGCCUUGUUUCAACGGCCGUGUGGUCUCCUGGCUCGUGCUGGCCGAGGGCGCACACUCAGACGCAGGGUCUCAGGGCACUGAUGGUCACGCAGACCUGCCCCCGCCUCUUGAGCGGACAGGCGGCAUCGGGGACUCCCGGCCCCCCUCCUUCCACCCAAAUGUGGCCAGCAGCCGUGAUGGGAUGGACAACGAGACCAGCACAGAGUCCAUGGUCAGCCACCGGCGGGAGCGAGUCCGACGCCGGAACCGUGAAGAGGCCACCCGGACCAACGGGCACCUUAGGGGGGACCGGCGGCGGGACCUAGGGCUGCCCCCUGACAGCACGUCCACUGUGCUGAGCAGUGAACUCGAGUCCAGCAGCUUCAUCGACUCAGACGAGGAUGACAACACAAGCCGGCUGAGCAGCUCCACGGAGCAGAGCACCUCCUCCCGGCUCAUCCGGAAGCACAAGCGCCGGCGGCGGAAGCAGCGCAUGCGGCAGACGGACCGUGCCUCCUCUUUCAGCAGCAUCACAGACUCCACUAUGUCCCUGAAUAUCAUCACCGUCACGCUCAAUAUGGAGAGGCACCAUUUCUUGGGCAUCAGCAUUGUGGGCCAGAGCAACGACCGGGGCGACGGCGGCAUCUACAUCGGCUCCAUCAUGAAGGGCGGGGCUGUGGCCGCCGAUGGCCGCAUCGAGCCUGGUGACAUGCUGCUGCAGGUGAAUGACGUCAACUUUGAGAACAUGAGCAAUGACGACGCCGUGCGGAUGCUGCGGGAGAUCGUGUCCCAGACAGGGCCCAUCAGCCUCACGGUGGCUAAGUGCUGGGACCCGACCCCCCGGAGCUACUUCACCAUCCCAAGGGCUGACCCAGUUCGGCCCAUCGACCCAGCCGCCUGGCUGUCCCACACAGCGGCGCUGACUGGAGCCCUGCCCCGCUACGAGCUGGAAGAGGCGCCAUUGACCGUGAAGAGUGACAUGGGCGCCAUCGUUCGGGUCAUGCAGCUACCAGACUCCGGCCUGGAGAUCCGCGACCGUAUGUGGCUCAAGAUCACCAUCGCCAACGCCGUCAUCGGGGCGGAUGUGGUGGACUGGCUGUACACACACGUGGAGGGCUUCAAGGAGCGGCGGGAGGCGCGGAAGUACGCCAGCAGCAUGCUGAAGCGUGGUUUCCUGCGGCACACCGUGAACAAGAUCACCUUCUCCGAGCAGUGCUACUACGUCUUCGGGGACCUGUGCAGCAAUCUCGCGGCCCUGAACCUCAACAGUGGCUCCAGUGGGGCCUCAGAGCAGGACACGCUGGCCCCGCUGCCCCACCCGGCCGCUCCCUGGCCCCUGGGUCAGGGUUACCCCUACCAGUACCCGGGGCCCCCGCCCUGCUUCCCGCCCGCAUACCAGGACCCCAGCUUCAGCUACGGCAGCGGCAGUGCUGGGAGUCAGCAGAGUGAAGGAAGCAAAAGCAGUGGGUCCACCCGGAGCGCCGGCGGGAGCAGCCGGCGGGCACUGGGCCGAGAAAAGGAGCACCGGGCGGCUGGAGCUGGGGGCAGCGGCAGCGAGUCGGAUCACACAGCGCCAAGUGGGGUGGGUGGCAGUGGCUGGCGGGAGCGUCCGGCUAGCCAGCUCAGCUGUGGCAGCAGCCCACGCAGCCAGGCCUCAGCCGCUGCCCCGGGGCUCCCCCCACUGCACCCCCUGACGAAGGCCUACUCGGUAGUGGGUGGGCCGCCUGGGGGGCCGCCUGUUCGGGAGCUGGCUGCUGUCCCCCCAGAGCUGACAGGCAGCCGCCAGUCUUUCCAGAAGGCCAUGGGGAACCCCUGUGAGUUCUUCGUUGACAUCAUGUGACCGAGGAGAGAGUGCCUUCAGCCCGGCCCUGCAGGAGGGCGCUGCACCUGGAGCUUGUGUGGGCUUGCCUUAGUGGGGGCCGUCCUGCGUCACGCCAGCCUGUGCUUCCACGCGCACAAGGGGCUGUGCUGUGGGGUUUGGGCCUGGACAGAGGGUGGGAGCAGGCUGGAGGGGAAGGGUUGAUGGCAGCCCGAACCACCAUGAUCUGGCCCCGGCAGCCUGUCCACUUCCGGAAAGAGCAGCUUGUGUCCAUGCAGACCCUGGUGGGGACUCCAUUGCCUUGUGCUCAGGCGGGUCUGACCUGCUCCCCUUGAUGUGCGGCUUAGGGACCCCUAUUUGCCCACAGAGCUGCGCACAGGGCCCCAGACCGAGCUAAGAGGUGGCUGCUGGGCCUGGACCCCCUCCUUACCCAGUUUGUGGGCCCUGCCCAUCUUGCCCAGGCUCGGGGACACUCUUGGGGGCAGAAUCAACCCCCAGGCCCCUGUGUGGCUGCCCAGAGUAGGAUCUAAUUUAUUUAUUUAUUGCCUGCCUGUGUGCUCUGGAGGAGGUGGCAGCCAAGUCAGCCGUCUCCCUGGACCUGGCUGGAGCAGAGUUUGCAUGUCCCCCCACGCCAGGUCUCAGAGCAAAUGCUGGGACACAGGUCAUGUCUGAAAGUGUAUGGGAGGGUCAGCAAAGGGGAGAGAUGGGAGAGGGGUGUGUUUCAGCCAGUGGGAGGGGGGACGUGACCCUGAGGGGCGAGGGGCAGGGAUGUACACAGCUGCUGCAGGGGCAGGGUCUGGGGGCGAGGGGGCGGCCAGCCCACCCUUCCUCGCUGUCCUCAGGUGACUGCCCACCCACGCACACUGCUUCCUUCCUGGCAUCUCUGGCCUGCACACAUUUGCGCUGUAGAUCCUGUAUCGAGUCAGAAGGUCUGUUCAGAUAGUUAAUAGAGCUGCUUCUGUGUAAAUGCUAUUUUAAACACUAAAAAGCAUUUAAUUUUAUGGGA